ACGUCUUGCCUACCAAGACUCAUGCUCCUCAAGAGAAAUCACUGAGUCCUCUACAGUGGUGCAGGCGUGUUCUGGAUCAUCCAACUCCUGAGAUUGAGGCUGCAAAACGUUCCCUAUGCUUUAGGUUGGAGCAAGCUAGCCGAUGGCGGAGCCUCUUCUCUACACCUGUCUCCUUGGCUUUUCCCUAUAGUCCUGUUGCAAGACUCACCCCAUAUACCAAUGGCUUUAAUAGUCCCAGCUUCUCUAAAACCUCCAGUAAAGCAAUACUAACACCUGAACGGACAGGUUACAUUUCUAGGAGUUCCCCGUUGAGUCCACAGUCAUCAGUAGACAGUGAACUUAGCACCUCAGAGCUGGAAGAUGAUUCCAUCUCCAUGGGAUACAAGCUGCAGGACCUCACUGAUGUUCAGAUUAUGGCUCGUCUACAGGAGGAGAGCCUUAGGCAAGAUUAUGCUUCAACUUCAGCAUCUGUGUCAAGGCACACUUCCAGUGUCUCACUGAAUGCGGGGAAGAAAGGGACAUGCGGUGACCAGGAAUAUGAUCGCUAUAGUCUUGAGGAUGAGGAAGAAUUUGACCACCUUCCACCUCCACAGCCACGUCUGACUCGCUGCUCCCCCUUCCAGAGAGGGAUUCCUCACUCACAGACUUUCUCCAGUAUCCGGGACUGCAGAAGGAGCCCUACUUCCCCACAAUUCCCUACAAAUACUUACCAGCAGCCCUACUACUCUCCUCAAGCCCAGACUCCAGAACAGCAACCAAAUAGGAUUAAUGGAGAUAAGCUCCGAAGAAGCAUGCCUAACCUCGCCCGGAUGCCAAGUACCCCCACCAUUAACAGUAAUGCUGGCUUUGCUAGUUCUCCAGUCACUGUGAGGAAUAGUCAGAGCUUUGACUCAAAUUUGCAUGGAGCAAGUAAUGGGAUUUCAAGGAUGCAGUCGUGUAUUCCCUCACCAGGACAGCUUCAACACCGAGUUCACAGUGUGGGACAUUUUCCAGUGUCUGUCAGACAACCGCUCAAAGCUACUGCCUACGUAAGCCCAACUGUACAAGGUAGUAGUAGUGGUAGCAGCAGUAUUCCAGUGUCCAACAGCUCUCAGUUAUAUUCUAACACUGGGAUCCCAAUGCCAAACAAGACUGCCAGUCAAGGGAUUGUAGGGCGCAGUGCUCUUCCAAGACCAUCGCUGGCCAUUAAUGGGAGUGGCAUACCCAGGAGUAAAAUUGCACAGCCAGUUCGAAGUUUUCUUCAGCCUCCAAAGCCACUUUCGGCACUCAGCACGAUGCGGGAUGGGAACUGGAGAGACGGCUGCUAUUGAUG